AUGGCUCGGCUGAACGACUUUGCUGCUCCAUCGGAGUCUGUUGAGGCUUUGAAGCGUCGUUUCGUGCGACAAAAUCGCGAGAUUGCACGAGUCAACUCGAUGCAGUCACUGCGCAUCCGCAGCCUAGAGUCCGAAGUGUCCCACCUCCUUGGGGAAAAUGUUUCACUGCGGGAACAAGUCAUCAACCUCACUCAAGAGCUGGAACGACUAGAAUCAGCCAAAUUGCUCCACGAUGGGAUCUACAAGAUUAAGAGUCGCCUGGAUGCAAAACUCGCCGAGCUCAAUGGAAUCGCAUUGGAGCUAGGAAUGUUACCACGCAAGGUCGGCAAGGUUGGAGACAAGUCUGGCGAUUCAGAUCACCCAAAAGCGACCGCACUAGACGCGAGACCUCGAGCGAUAAAUUCAGAUUGCAAUGCUGAAGUUGACGACAGCAAGCUCCCAGCCAUAUUGGAGGAUAAAUAUUUCCCGCGCAGGACACUGGAACCUCAAGAAAUUCACAAUCUCGUUCAGACCGAUCACAGUCUGCCCAACUCUCCCCACAUUAUUCAUCUAGAUCACGAUCACUCCGAUAAUACCUCAGAUCAUUCCAGCCCCACUUCAAGCAAACCCUUACGAGAGCGCCAGUCUGAGGCCGGUGCCCCUGCUCUAGAGCCAUCUCUUCCCCCCACGCUCGAGACACGAAAGAAGAAAAAGAAGACGGGCUCGUCAGAGCCUUUUUCCGAGAGCAUGGUCCCGCCAGAGAUUUCAAGUCCGAAGACUGGCGACGCACAACCUGAGAAAUCCGGAUCGAAGCGCAAAUUCAAGCCCGAGGACGAUGGAUUCUUGUUCGAUACGGCGCCGGAAGAUGAUGAGUUUCAAUUUCGUCGUCCGAGUCAUAGCCCAUUCAAGCAAAGAGAAGCGUGUGAUCUCAUGCGUCGGGACCUUUCGCCUAGCAAAACACCGGUGAACAUGAAGCGAGGAUCGUCGAGCGUCGGGGCCAGCAAACGAAAGGUUCUUGAGCCGAAAAGCGCAAAUGCCACCCUGGGAUCUCCAAAAAAGGCUCGAGCAGUUCUACAGCCUGACGACAAGAUGGUGCCGAAAACAGGAAGGGACGAAAAUAUCAAGUCUCCCGCUAAGCCCAAGGAGCUGGAGAGUAGCAGAACCAAACUUCUGAGUCAGAAGCCACGCGUUCGAUCGACUCCAACGCUACAAAAGCAGAAACGCUCCAGCCGAUCUACGGAGUUUGACGAAGCACAUGACCAGUCUGUUCCCAUCACGCUCAAAGACUCGCCCGUGGCCAGAUCUGGAGGGGGGCUCAUGGGAGUGUCUGAUUUGGCUGCAUCUCGGCCCUCGCGCCGUCGUGGUGCUGUGGUCAGCUACGCGGAGCCCAACCUCCGAGACAAGAUGCGCCGCCCGACGAGUGAACUGGCAGACGCAGUUACAGUUGGUGGGUCUCGCAGAUCGUCCAGUUUCCAGCUUCGUGAGAGUUUGGACAACGAGAACGACCAUUCAAGAAAGAGCGGGGCUGGUUCCAGUUCUUCCUUGAAUGUCAAUUUUCCUGCAGACUUGGCUCUCGCAGACCAGGCAAUCGACAUGAUCAUCAAAGACAAUGCAUCGGCGCAAUUAUUGGAGACCGUCUCUCGUCGAAGACAAUCCCGGCGGCAUUCGUCGAAUCCGAACAGCACCACUCGACACGUAUCAUCGCAUGACGUGGACAUCGGAGAAUUGCCGUCCACUUCCGCGCAGAUGAACGGUGCGGAAGGCGAGGAAACUCCCGGGGGGCACUCUGCAAUGGAUGAAGUAUCUCGGCGAGAAACUCGCGUUGCGGCAAGGAGAAAGAGUAUGAUGGUGUGA